AUGCUUCUGGGAAUGUCCCCGGUAGCGAACUGCUUCGCUUCGGCUCUCGCAUACGGUAUUACCCAGAUAAAAGGCCCUUUGGAACCAUGGCGCUAUCUAUUUAUCAUUGAAGGCGCGCCUACUGUUCUAUUCUCUGUCGUCGUUUUCUUCUUUCUUCCCGACUCCCCUGGCUCCGCAAAAUUCCUGGACGAAACUGAGCAAACAGCGGCCGUCGAACGACUUCAAACUAUCGAUCGAACGGCCAAGAACAAAAUCCAGUGGCAGCAAGUUCUGAGCGGUUUGAAAGACUACAAGAACUAUGUCCAUAUGACUGUCCACUUCUGCUGUAACUACUCAUUCGCCGGCCUUUCCAAUUUCUUGCCGACCAUUCUGGAAACCAUGGGAUACGACUCCGUUAAUGCGCAGGGAUUAGCAGCUCCGCCGUAUCUCGGAUCUUUUCUCUGCUGCAUUUUUGCCGCCAUUGUGUCGGAUCGAUGGGGAAAUCGCGGUUGGGUGGUUACUUUCUUCGCUGCUAUGGGUACAACAGGGUAUCUUGUCUUGACAUGCGUACAGGACGAGACGAAGACUGGCGCGCGAUAUGCUGGGGUAUGGCUUGCAACCUGCGGCAUUUUUCCGGCUCUUGCUAUCAAUAUCACUUGGAUGCUGAAUAACCAAGGAGGAGAAAGCAAGAAAGGUGUGGGUAUGGCUCUUCUGGCUGUCUUCGGACAGUGCUCCAGUUUGAUCAGUAGCUCCGUCUUUCCUGACAGCGAUGCACCAAUGUUUACCAAGGGAUGUGCCCUGGGUAGCGCUUUCACUGGUCUGAUUAUGCUACUCGCGUUGGGUUUGCACUUGAAGUUGACCAUGGAGAACAAAAGGCGUGAUCGCGAAUACGGGGAGGUCGACGAGCAUGAUCGGGUUGAUGUGACCGAUGGAAGAUACAUAUGGCCUGACGAGGCGCGUUCUCGAUCGCGGCUAUUUGAAAAAGCCGUCGUCCCCGCUUCUCCGCAGAUCGGAUUCUCCAUCCUACACACGCCCAUGGACAAGAGGAAACCGCCGCGAAGCAGAGCUCUUCAUGACUAUGAGUUCCAGCGAGCAUACAAAGCAUGUAUUCCAUGCUCCUGGCGAAAGGUGAAAUGUGAGCCGAGCGAGGGUGAGAAAUGUGUCCGGUGCAGCAAGAAGCGGAUUGACUGCAUCUUCACGUCGAAAAAGCCGUGGUCUCGAGCGCCGAAAGAUGAUCAGAGAAGUAGGAGAUAUCCUGCGCGUGAAGAUAUAAUUCAUGAACAAAGGUCUGUCAUACGUGCCCCGUCCUCGACCUUUCUGCGCCCUAAAGCAAGCAGGUCGCAGUCCGCUUCUCACGACCACGCCGGAACCAAAGAUGGCCAUCUUCCGACCUCCAUGCUACAAAAGGUCGUCUCGAAUAAUAAAGAUGCGAUGGAUAUACUUUUCGAGGCGGCUCUUCGCGAAGAAUCACAGCAAAAUACUGAGCAAGAGACCGCUACGCCCACUCCGGUCCCUCGACCCCUCGCCACGGCCGACACGGUGCAGAUAUGGAAUGCCUGUCGGUUCGUGAAGAUGGGGUGGUUCUCUGCUCAUGAGGCGAUGACACUUGUCGAUCUAUUUUUCGAAAACUUGAAUCCACUCUCUCCUAUCCUCACAGACUUCUUCGCCUCGCGCAAGAACCAGUUCUACCUCGUCACCCAAGAGCCCAUGCUGUGCUGUACUAUCCUCAUGAUAUCUUCCCGAUACCACAACCUCCCAGGGGUUGGUGGUCAUUCCCGGGCGUUCUUCAUACAUCACCGCCUAUGGCAACAUUGCCAGCAUCUCCUGCUCCGCGUGACUCUGGGCCAGGAGAAAAUAUCAAAGGCUCGGACUCGAAAUUUAGGGAGUAUCGAAGCAUUCCUUCUGAUGUCGGAAUGGCACCCACGAUCAUUGCAAUUCCCUCCGGAUACAGAUGGCUGGGACUCGGAUUUCAUUAUGACCCAUCUGGAUGCGCGGGAUCCGCCACUAAUAGAUGAAGAGGUUCCUGUGUCUGCUCGGUGGAGAGAAGAUGUGGUUGAGCCGACUAAGCGAUUUGAACGGUUCCCAAACCCUGUGAUCUGCUGGGCGUCGAUGCGGAAUUGGAUGCACUUCUCCGAUGCCUUCGGAUACGAAUGUCUCUAUCCCGAUCGCGCCGCUGCUGUUGCAGCAGAGAAGAGGCAAAGAUUGGGCAUCAUUCAUGAAAUCGUGGAUCGGCAUUACGAAAAUGUCGAGUUCGAUGAUGGGAGAGCUACUUCCCUGAUGAGUGCACCGAUGUCUUUCAGCACGGCGGAUCGAUUCAUGUCGAUUGUAGAGGAGAAUCAGAUACUGAUUGCGAAUUGGCGGCAACAAAAUCUCAGUUCUGCAGAACCUGGGACAACCUUUUUGGACAUACUCUUCAUUGAAUAUCAAUACCUGCGUGUUCUUGUCAACUCUGUUGGGAUGCAGGUAGUGCUGCAACGAGUCCUGACACACGACAACCCUCACAGCGAGACAACGAUCGACCACUCUUUUAUAGAAAGGACCAGGCGACUCAAUAUGACCGGCCGGGAAUACGGAUUCAUCGAAGAGGUCAUCGACGGGUGCUGCCAAACCCUCGAGAAAGUUGCCCUUCUCGGCAACACCGGCGCAUUGCACUACUCGCCCAUGAGAAUUCUUUUCCGUACGAUCAGCUCGUCGAUCUUCUUGAUGAAAGCUCUUGCGCUGGGCGUGCGCAACUCCAAGCUUCAGGAGGCGUUGCAGAUCCUUGACCGGGCGAUUGCAGCCCUGCAGGACAACAAUCAAGAUGACACGCAUUUGAAAUCGCAGUAUGCAGCUCUUCUUCAAACACAGGCGGCGCGCUUGCGAAGGAGUCUGGUUUCAUCAAAUCCACCGGCUGUUCAGACAAGGCCAGACCCUCAUGGUGGUUCACAUGCUCCUGCAACGCCAUUGUCAAUUUCACAGCCUCUGAUGCCAGGUGAAGGGGCCAUGGUGGCAGGGCUCGAUUUGGAAACCAUUUCUAGCUUUGACAUGAAUGACUGGCUGUCCUUGCCAUUUGAUCCGUCCAUGGCGCCUUUUGGUCCGUAUGAGGGCGACCUCGGAGUUCGAUUGGAUGGAGUUGACUUGGACCUGGACUUUAUUUGGCAGCUUCCGCCAUAG